AUGCAGCUCCAGGCUUCCUUAUCGUUUUUCCUGAUCCUCGUCUUCUGCCAACAUCUCUACUCAGAACCAAAUCAAGUGUCCAGGAAGCCCUUGCCAUCUAUAUGCAACCUUCCUAUGGAUAAAGGCGCGUGCCGAGCCCUCAUGGUGCGAUGGUACUAUAAUACCAAAUCUGGCAAGUGUGUGAAGUUUAACUAUGGAGGCUGUGGAGGCAAUGAAAACAACUUCCUGAGCAGAGAUCAAUGCCGGUUAGCCUGCAGACGUGCCUGA